CUCAGCUUCCGGGGCCGCCCGGGCCUUGUCCGCCGCCGUCCCGUUCCCCCGCGAGCCGGCUCCAACUGCCAGCCCCGGCCCGGCGCCAUGUACGCCGUGUACAAGCAGGCGCAUCCGCCCACCGGCCUGGAGUUCUCCAUGUACUGCAACUUCUUCAGCAACAGCGAGCGCAACCUCGUGGUGGCCGGCACCUCGCAGCUCUACGUGUACCGCCUCAACCGCGACGCCGAGGCACCAACCAAGAACGACAGGAGCACAGAGGGAAAGGCCCACCGGGAACACCGGGAGAAGCUGGAGCUGGUGGCUUCCUUCUCCUUCUUCGGCAACGUCAUGUCUAUGGCCAGUGUGCAGCUGGUGGGGGCCAAGCGGGAUGCCCUGCUCCUGAGCUUUAAGGACGCCAAGCUGUCGGUGGUGGAGUAUGACCCGGGCACCCACGACCUGAAGACCCUGUCUCUGCACUACUUUGAGGAGCCCGAGCUGCGGGAUGGGUUUGUGCAGAACGUGCACACGCCGCGGGUGCGGGUGGACCCCGACGGACGCUGUGCAGCCAUGCUCAUCUACGGCACGCGCCUGGUGGUGCUGCCCUUCCGCAGGGAGAGCUUGGCCGAGGAGCACGAGGGGCUAAUGGGGGAGGGGCAGAGGUCCAGCUUCCUGCCCAGCUACAUCAUUGAUGUGCGGGGCUUGGACGAGAAGCUGCUCAACAUCGUGGACCUGCAGUUCCUGCAUGGCUACUACGAGCCCACCCUGCUCAUCCUCUUCGAGCCCAACCAGACCUGGCCGGGACGGGUGGCUGUGCGGCAGGACACCUGCUCCAUCGUGGCCAUUUCCCUGAACAUCACACAGAAGGUCCACCCGGUCAUCUGGUCCCUCACCAGCCUCCCCUUCGACUGCACCCAGGCCCUCGCGGUGCCCAAGCCCAUAGGUGGGGUGGUGGUCUUCGCGGUCAACUCGCUGCUGUACCUGAACCAGAGCGUCCCCCCGUAUGGUGUGGCUCUCAACGGCCUCACCACCGGCACCACUGCCUUUCCCCUUCGCACCCAGGAGGGCGUGAGGAUCACCCUCGACUGCGCACAGGCGGCGUUCAUCUCCUACGACAAGAUGGUCAUCUCCCUCAAGGGCGGUGAGAUCUACGUGCUGACCCUCAUCACGGACGGCAUGCGCAGCGUCCGCACCUUCCACUUCGACAAGGCUGCCGCCAGCGUCCUCACCACCAGUAUGGUCACCAUGGAGCCUGGGUACCUGUUCCUCGGCUCGCGCCUGGGCAACUCGCUCCUCCUCAAGUACACGGAGAAGCUGCAGGAGCCCCCAGCUAGUGCCGUCCGAGAGGCUGCCGACAAGGAGGAGCCUCCCUCGAAGAAGAAGCGAGUGGACUCCACAGUGGGCUGGUCAGGGGGCAAGUCGGUGCCGCAGGACGAGGUGGACGAGAUUGAAGUAUACGGCAGCGAGGCCCAGUCAGGCACGCAGCUAGCCACUUACUCUUUUGAGGUCUGUGACAGCAUCCUCAACAUCGGACCCUGUGCCAAUGCUGCCAUGGGCGAGCCUGCCUUCCUCUCUGAAGAGUUUCAGAACAGCCCCGAGCCAGACCUGGAGAUCGUGGUGUGCUCCGGCUAUGGGAAGAAUGGGGCCCUGUCGGUGCUCCAGAAGAGCAUCCGGCCCCAGGUGGUGACGACCUUUGAACUUCCCGGCUGCUACGACAUGUGGACAGUCAUUGCCCCCGUGCGAAGGGAGCAAGAGGAGACCACCAAGGGGGAGGGGGCAGAGCAGGAGCCCAGUGCCCUCGAGGCAGACGAUGAUGGACGAAGACACGGCUUCCUCAUCCUGAGCCGGGAAGACUCCACGCAGAUCCUGCAGACAGGGCAGGAGAUCAUGGAGCUGGACACCAGUGGCUUUGCCACACAGGGCCCCACGGUCUUUGCUGGCAACAUUGGGGACAAUCGUUACAUCGUGCAGGUGUCGCCGCUUGGCAUCCGCUUGCUGGAAGGAGUGAACCAGCUACACUUCAUCCCCGUGGACCUGGGCUCCCCCAUCGUGCAGUGUGCCGUGGCUGACCCCUACGUGGUCAUUAUGAGCGCCGAGGGCCAGGUCACCAUGUUCCUGCUCAAGAGCGACUCGUAUGGGGGCCGUCACCACCGCCUGGCACUGCACAAGCCCCCGCUGCACCAUCAGUCCAAGGUGAUCACACUGUGUGUGUACCGAGAUGUCAGCGGCAUGUUCACUACGGAGAGCCGCCUGGGCGGGGCCCGCGAUGAGCUCGGGGGCCGCAGUGGCUCCGAGGCGGAGGGCCAGGCCUCGGAAACCAGCCCCACCGUGGAUGACGAGGAGGAGAUGCUGUAUGGGGACUCGGGCUCCCUCUUCAGCCCCAGCAAGGAGGAGGCCCGCAGGAACAGCCAGCCCCCUGCGGACCGGGACCCCACCCCGUUCCGGGCCGAUCCCACCCACUGGUGCCUGCUGGUGCGGGAAAACGGAACCAUGGAGAUAUACCAGCUCCCUGACUGGCGGCUGGUGUUCCUGGUGAAGAACUUUCCCGUGGGGCAGCGGGUCCUGGUGGACAGCUCCUUUGGUCAGCCCACCACGCAGGGCGAGGCCCGAAAGGAGGAGGCCACGCGCCAGGGGGAGCUGCCCCUUGUCAAGGAGGUGCUGCUGGUGGCCCUGGGGAGCCGCCAGAGCAGGCCCUAUCUGCUGGUGCACGUGGACCAGGAGCUGCUCAUCUACGAGGCCUUCCCGCACGACUCCCAGCUCGGCCAGGGAAACCUCAAAGUCCGUUUCAAGAAGGUCCCUCACAACAUCAACUUCCGUGAGAAGAAGCCAAAGCCGUCCAAGAAGAAAGCGGAAGGCAGCGGUGCCGAGGAGGGGGCUGGUGCCCGGGGCCGCGUGGCCCGGUUCCGGUACUUCGAGGACAUCUAUGGCUACUCGGGGGUGUUCAUCUGUGGCCCCUCGCCUCACUGGCUCUUGGUGACUGGCCGGGGGGCCCUGCGGCUGCACCCCAUGGGCAUCGACGGUCCCAUUGACUCCUUUGCCCCGUUCCACAACGUCAACUGUCCCCGUGGCUUCCUGUAUUUCAACAGACAGGGCGAGCUGAGGAUCAGUGUCCUGCCUGCCUACUUGUCCUACGAUGCCCCGUGGCCUGUCAGGAAGAUCCCCCUGCGCUGCACUGCCCACUACGUGGCUUACCACGUGGAGUCCAAGGUGUAUGCAGUAGCCACCAGCACCAACAUGCCAUGCACCCGCAUCCCGCGCAUGACAGGCGAGGAGAAGGAGUUCGAGACCAUCGAGAGAGACGACCGAUACAUCCACCCCCAGCAGGAGGCCUUCUCCAUCCAGCUCAUCUCCCCGGUCAGCUGGGAGGCCAUCCCCAACGCCAGGAUCGAGCUGGAGGAGUGGGAGCACGUGACCUGCAUGAAGACCGUGUCGCUGCGCAGCGAGGAGACGGUGUCAGGCCUCAAGGGCUACGUGGCUGCUGGGACCUGCCUCAUGCAGGGGGAGGAGGUCACGUGCCGAGGGCGGAUCCUGAUCAUGGAUGUGAUCGAGGUGGUGCCUGAGCCUGGCCAGCCCCUGACCAAGAACAAGUUCAAAGUCCUGUAUGAGAAGGAGCAGAAGGGGCCUGUGACCGCCCUCUGCCACUGCAACGGCCACCUGGUAUCCGCCAUCGGUCAGAAGAUCUUCCUGUGGAGCCUGCGGGCCAGCGAGCUGACGGGCAUGGCCUUCAUCGACACCCAGCUCUACAUCCACCAGAUGAUUAGCGUCAAGAACUUCAUCCUGGCGGCGGACGUCAUGAAGAGCAUCUCGCUGCUGCGCUACCAGGAGGAGAGCAAGACGCUGAGCCUCGUGUCCCGGGAUGCCAAGCCCCUGGAAGUGUACAGCGUGGACUUCAUGGUGGACAACGCCCAGCUGGGCUUCCUGGUGUCUGACCGUGACCGCAACCUCAUGGUGUACAUGUACCUGCCAGAAGCCAAAGAGAGCUUCGGGGGCAUGCGCCUGCUCCGGCGGGCGGACUUCCACGUGGGUGCCCACGUGAACACGUUCUGGAGGACGCCGUGCCGCGGUGCCGCGGAGGGACCGAGCAAGAAGUCGGUGGUGUGGGAAAACAAGCACAUCACCUGGUUUGCCACGCUGGACGGUGGCAUCGGGCUCCUGCUGCCCAUGCAGGAGAAGACGUACCGGCGGCUGCUGAUGCUGCAGAACGCGCUGACCACCAUGCUGCCCCACCAUGCCGGCCUCAACCCCAGGGCCUUCCGGAUGCUGCAUGUGGACCGGCGCAUCCUGCAGAACGCUGUGCGGAACGUUCUGGAUGGGGAGCUGCUCAACCGCUAUCUGUACCUGAGCACCAUGGAGCGCGGCGAACUGGCCAAGAAGAUCGGCACCACCCCGGACAUUAUCCUGGACGACCUGUUGGAGACUGACCGCGUCACCGCCCACUUCUAGGCUCCCGGACGCCACCACCACCCCCGUGCGCUGCCCCCACCCCUUUUUGUACAAAACACGAGGAGGAGAUGUUUGCUUUGAGAAGAGCUUGUGGUCAUUGUUGGGCCUCAGAGCCCCAUGGUGUCCCCCUCUGCCCCCAACCCUAGGCCCCAGCUGCUUCGGCGCCCCAGGUCCCAGGGCGUGUGCACUUGCAGGCCUGGCCAGCUCUGUCGGUCCGACGCAGAUGAGCUCGGAGGCCCUCUUGCCCCCGGGGCUCCCUAGGUCUCCAAAUACUCGGAGAGCCCCCGGGUCUCAGGCAGGAGGCCCAGGUGGACCAAGAGCCGAACCAGGAGGGCGGUGAGCCGCAUAGAUAGGGUCUCCAGCCUGUGGGAGGCCAGAGGGGUCACAGGUUGGUGGGGGGGCGGGUCUCAACCACCUGCCCGGGGUGCCUGCCCCCUCCCCUCCCCUCACCUCAGGGCCACUUCAAACUUGAACGUCUCCCAGAUGACCCUGAUGUGGCGCAGGAGGCUGGCACCGUAGAGGCUCUGGUACGCGGCACCUGCCAGGCGGCUCCAGCCCCUGACCGCACUGCGCAGAGACGCGGUCAGCCCGGCCCAGCCCCACUCCCGCCGCCGCUUCCCACCCCCCGGCACCCCGCCAGCCAGCACCCACCUCUUGGCCAUGAGGAAGUAGCGGUCCACAGGGGUGCCCAGCGCGGUGUUGAUGGCACGCACGGUGUUGAUGUUGCGCAGCACGAGCAGCAUGGGCCGCGGCAGGGCCUUGAGCACCCCCAUGAUGUCCUCAAAGUGCUCCUGUGCCAUGGUCUGCAUGUAGGCCGCCUCCUCCCGGCUGAGCAGGUGGGAGCCCCACAGCUGCCCCAGGCGUACGGGCCGCUGCAUGAGCACCUCGGAGAAGAGCAAGUAGUCUGGGGUGCAGGGCGGGCGGUGAGCCAGGACCGUGGGCCCCACGAGCCCCCACGCCGCACGCUCCGGCCUCACCUCGCACUCCGAGCGCCUCUGCGUGUGUCCUCAUGGCGGCGUCGUCCCUGAGAACGAUGGCCCUCCACAGCUGGCACAGGGCUGAGCGGUCCCUGCGGGCAGCCGGCGAUAAGGCCCGGGCACCAGGCCCUGCCCCGCAGCCCCUCCAGGCUCCCCGGCUUACUUCCUGUCCAGAAACUGGUAGAGCCCAUGGUCCAGCAGCACCAGCUGGGCCUUCCCGUCGGGGCCUUUCCGCACCAGAACUAGGGACACAGCGUGUCGGCUCAUGUCCCCUGUCCCCUGACUCCCACCCCCACCCCCGGGGACUUUUCCUACCAUUGCCAGGGUGGGGGUCCGAGUGGAUGAAGCCUGUAUAAAAUAUCUGCUCC